CCACAGUUAUGAGUAACAUGCCAUCAUCCAGCUGGGUGGACCCUAUUCUCAUAACGGGUCCUUCGUUUUGUAUUAGUAUUGGCUGUUAAAGGACAAAUUAUGCAAAUUAAUUAGACGUCGGAGGAGGAGGAAGGUCCAGGGGCAGGGCCAACGGAAUGCUACGUGUCUUGAGGAUCCCUCUUAAACCCCUACUUGCCUCCAUCGCCCAAAGUUUUGUGGUUCCAACUCCGCAGAGUCCCGAUCACCCAGGCCUGCGUGCGUGAAUCUGUCCGAGCCCGAAGUCCAGCAAGUCCGUCGACGCUAGUGAAAAAUGUCCGGAUUGAAAAAGCUUCGCACGGAUCUCAACAGAUCAACCAAUGUGGUGUAUCAGGCCCACCACGUCAGCCGGAGCAAGAGAGGGCAGGUUGUGGGCACCAGGGGGGGCUUCAGGGGCUGUACCAUCUGGCUCACCGGUUUAUCUGGUGCUGGGAAGACGACCAUCAGUUUUGCCUUGGAAGAGCAUCUUGUGUCCCACGCCAUCCCUUGCUACUCGCUGGAUGGAGACAACAUUCGUCAUGGCCUGAACAAAAACCUGGGCUUCUCUGCAGAGGACCGUGAGGAGAACAUCCGGCGUGUUGCUGAGGUGGCCAAACUGUUUGCUGAUGCCGGCCUUGUGUGCAUCACCAGUUUUAUCUCUCCUUUCACCAAGGAUCGGGACGAGGCCAGAAAAAUCCACGCAAGUGCCGGUCUACCAUUUUUUGAAGUAUUUAUCCACGCUCCUCUUGAAGUGUGUGAGAGCAGGGAUGUAAAAGGACUUUAUAAGAAGGCUCGUGCUGGAGAGAUUAAAGGCUUUACUGGGAUUGACUCAGAUUACGAGCGUCCUGAAGCACCAGAGCUUGUUCUGAAAACAGGAGAGCUCUCAGUCAAUGAAUGUCUCCACCAAGUGUUGGAGCUGCUCAGGGAUCAGAAUAUUAUACCAAGUGAGAUUAUGGAGGAGGUGAAUGAACUCUUUGUUCCGGAGAACAAACUGAACCUUGCUGUGGCUGAUGCAAGCACUCUGCCCACCAUCAGCAUCACUAAGUUGGAUCUGCAGUGGGUGCAGGUUUUGGCUGAGGGCUGGGCCAGUCCUCUGAAGGGUUUCAUGAGAGAAAGAGAGUUCCUCCAGGUCAUGCACUUUGGAAACUUGCUGGAUGGUGGGGCCAUCAAUAUGUCUGUUCCUAUUGUGCUGCCAGUUAGCACUGAGACCAAGCAGGAGCUGGAUGGCUCUGCAGCUGUAGCUCUGGAGUACCAGGGCUCACGGGUGGCUAUUCUCAGGAACCCAGAGUUCUAUGCACACCGCAAGGAGGAACGCUGUGCCCGACAGUGGGGCACUACCUGUCCUCAGCACCCUUACAUAAAGAUGGUUAUGGAGGGAGGUGAUUGGCUAGUAGGCGGUGACCUGGAGGUGAUGGAGCGAAUCAAAUGGAACGAUGGGCUUGACCAGUACCGCCUUACUCCAAAGGAGCUCAAGCAGAAGUCCAAAGACAUGCAAGCAGAUGUGAUAUUCGCAUUCCAGCUGCGUAAUCCAGUCCACAAUGGUCAUGCCCUGCUUAUGCAUGACACCAAGCGUCGUCUCCUGGAGCGAGGUUAUAAAAAUCCAGUUCUCUUACUUCACCCAUUGGGUGGCUGGACCAAAGAUGAUGAUGUUCCUUUGGACUGGAGAAUGAGGCAGCAUGCUGCUGUCUUGGAUGAUGGUGUCCUUGACCCAGCCAGCACCAUUGUUGCCAUCUUCCCUUCACCAAUGAUGUAUGCUGGACCUACAGAGGUUCAGUGGCACUGCAGAGCCAGAAUGAUCGCUGGAGCAAACUUUUACAUUGUUGGCCGGGACCCUGCAGGCAUGCCUCAUCCAGAGACUAAGCAGGACUUGUAUGAACCCACCCAUGGAGGGAAAGUCCUCACCAUGGCCCCAGGCUCACCUCUGGGUGCAAUCCCAUUCAGAGUGGCUGCCUACAACAAGACUAAGAAGGCUAUGGACUUUUACAGCCCAGAGCGCCAUUCUGAGUUUGAAUUCAUCUCUGGAACCAUGAUGAGGAACUUGGCUCAGAACAAAGAAUACCCUCCUGAUGGUUUCAUGGCCCCAAAGGCCUGGAGGGUGUUGGUGGAGUACUACACUUCUCUAUGAAAAAGAACAAAUAACCAACAAUCAAACUCACAAGUCAACAGGAUACUAGGACAUUAUGAAGCUGGUUAAUACAGGGGAGAAAAUGCACACACCUUCCUUCUAGAGUGUUUUUGGUGGGAUUUUUAAACCUAUGAAAAAGGAACUACUCUGGCAGGAAAGGUUGUUUUGUCUUUUGAAAGUUGAAAAUAAUUUAAAGUUUCCAUAGUGAUACAGUUCAUCAAAUUCAUUGUUUAUAUACAUAUUAACUUAACAAUAUAUUUUAAUAAAAUGUAAGUUAACUGAAAAUUAUUUUAUUAUUUCUGUAAAUUCAGGAACCACAUCCAGUAGUGGGAAAUCAUGUUUCAUAUUUACUUCUGAAAGUUAUAGAAUGAAAAAAAAUAUAAAUGUAGAUUUAACUUUUUAGCUUUUUAAGACAUGGAAGUUGUGUCACUGUCCAUUGUAUUUGUGCGGUCCCUGAUGAAAGAUCAUUUGUAAUUUUAUCACGGCAUACAAUGCCUACUUGUUGAAGAUGUAUGGCUGUUUUUAUAAUGUAAAGUGCCUUUUGCUGAAAUGUCAUUGUAAAUUAAAUUGUGGGUUUCUUGCUGG